AUGGCCGACCCGAACAUGUAUCAAGCAAUGGGUUCUGAAGAUCCAAACCAGCAUAUGGCACAACAAGCUCAUCCUCAAGGCUACCCCGCUGCCGGCUACCCUCCCGGUGCAGCUCCUCCGCAACCGGGAGCUGCCUACCCCAACCCGUCUCCGAACCAAUGGCCCGCCUACGGCUCACAGCAACAACCCAUGGCCCCGGGUGCCGAUGCCAUAUACAAUGCAACACCUCAGGCACCAAUGGGCGCUCCGGGAGAUCCGGGUAUGGCUGGCCUGACAUCUCAGAUGGGCGGCAUGGGGAUAGCCGGAGACGCGGGGACAAGGACACACCGGAAGAAGCAUCGCCAUGCCCACCACGAUCUCGGCGCUGCUACAGCGCCCCCGGCACAAGGAUUCCAGGGUGGGAUGCCUCAAGGGAACAUGCAACCGGCGUCACAGUUCCUCAAUACGGGCUUGAAUCAAGCUCCACAGCCAACCUCUCCCGCAAUGGCUCCCCAGGCCGGAGGCCAGAUACCAGGGCUGGGAGGACAUCAAUCGUCAGAAACGAGCGGCGGUGUCAGCUCUGUUCCUACACAGGGCCGAAUUGACCCCGAACAGAUCCCCAGCGUGCCGCGCUCGCGCGAUCUGCCAGCCCAGUACUAUUUCAACCAUGUCUAUCCCACGAUGGACCGCCAUCUGCCACCUCCUGCAGCGAUCCCGUUCGUAGCUCAUGAUCAAGGCAAUUCGUCCCCGAAAUUCGCUCGCCUCACGCUCAAUAAUAUUCCUUCCACCUCGGACUUUCUCUCCUCGACAGGCUUGCCCUUGGGCAUGAUUCUGCAGCCACUCGCACCGCUGGACCCCGGCGAGCAACCGAUACCCGUGCUGGACUUUGGAGAUGUGGGCCCUCCGCGAUGCCGACGCUGUCGAACAUACGUCAACCCCUUUAUGUCCUUCCAGUCAGGCGGUAACAAGUUUGUCUGCAAUAUGUGCACGUUCCCGAAUGACACGCCAGGCGAGUACUUUGCGCCUCUGGACCCGACGGGGGCGCGCGUUGACCGCAUGCAACGACCGGAGCUGAUGAUGGGAACGGUGGAAUAUUUGGUUCCCAAGGAAUACUGGAACAAGGAGCCUGUAGGCCUCCAGACUCUGUUCCUGAUUGACGUCAGCCGGGAAUCCGUCCAUCGUGGAUUCCUCAAGGGUGUUUGUGAAGGAAUUGCGGAAGCAUUGUAUGGAGAAGAUGGAUCGGCGGACGGCACCGAGGGUGAAGAUUCGACGUCACGGAGACUCGCAGCAGGGGCGAAGGUUGGCAUUGUGACUUUUGACACAGAAGUGCAUUUCUACAACCUCACGGCUUCACUGGACCAAGCACAGAUGAUGGUGAUGACGGACUUGGAAGAGCCGUUUGUGCCAUUGAGCGAGGGUCUUUUUGUCGACCCAUACGAAUCCAAGUCCGUGAUCACAUCGCUCUUGAAACGGAUACCUAGUAUCUUCUCUCACGUCAAGAACCCCGAACCGGUGGUGCUGCCUACACUAAAUGCUGCCCUCUCAGCACUGCAGGCGACGGGUGGCAAGGUCGUCUGCGCUCUCUGCAGCUUGCCCACCUGGGGCCCUGGGAAACUGGAGAAUCGGGAGGACCCCAAGAUUCACGGAACGGAAGCAGAGCGAAAACUGUUCACGACAGAAAAUCCGGACUGGAAGAAGACAGCAAGCAAAAUGGCUGAGGCUGGCGUGGGCGUCGAUUUCUUCAUCGCCGCCCCCGGUGGCGUCUAUCUGGAUGUUGCCACAAUCGGCUAUGUAUCGGCGCUUACUGGCGGCGAGACAUUCUUCUACCCGAACUUCCAUGCGCCACGUGAUAUCUCAAAGCUGCGGGGAGAGUUGGCUCACGUCGUAAGCCGAGAGACGGGAUACCAGUGUUUGAUGAAGGUCCGAUGCUCGAAUGGCCUCCAGGUUUCUGCCUAUCACGGGAACUUUGUGCAACAUACACUAGGUGCCGAUCUAGAGUUUGGCGGCGUGGAUGCGGACAAGGCAAUUGGCGUGCUAUUCAGCUACGAUGGCAAGCUUGACCGCAAGUUGGAUGCGCACUUCCAGGCCGCAUUGCUGUAUACUUCUGCGGAUGGACAGCGACGUGUCCGGUGUAUCAACGUCGUGGCGGCGGUCAACGAAGGCGGCAUGGAGACCAUGAAGUAUGUUGACCAGGAUGCCGUGGUGUCUAUCAUCGCAAAGGAAGCCGCAGCCGCCUCCAAAACACUCGACAAGACGCUGAAGGACAUCCGGGGGCAUAUUUCAGAGAAGACCGUCGACAUCUUCAGCGGAUACCGCAAGAUCUUCUCUGGGUCCCACCCUCCUGGACAAUUAGUUCUCCCUGAGAAUCUUAAGGAAUUCUCGAUGUACAUGCUCAGCUUGGUCAAGUCCAGAGCGUUCAAAGGUGGCAAUGAGUCGUCAGACCGGCGGGUUCAUGACAUGCGCAUGCUUCGGUCAUUUGGCGCUACGGAGUUAUCCCUCUACCUUUACCCUCGUAUCAUUCCCAUCCACAACAUGCAGCCGGAAGACGGAUUUCCGAAUGAGCACGGUCAACUUCAGGUGCCGCCUGCGUUGAGGGCUAGCUUCUCCAAGAUCGAGGAUGGAGGCGCGUACUUGGUGGACAACGGUCAGAUCAUCUUGCUGUGGCUACAUGCGCAGGUAUCGCCAAACCUGCUGGAAGAUUUGCUCGGGCCUGGCCAGAACACUCUCCAGGAGCUCAAUCCCAACCUCUCAUCAUUCCCAGUGCUCGAGACGCAUCUGAACGCCCAGGUGCGGAACCUGCUUCAAUAUCUCUCGACCGUACGCGGGUCCAAGGCUGUGACGAUCCAGAUGGCUCGGCAGGGUCUAGACGGGGCGGAGUACGAGUUUGCCCGACUCUUGCUGGAGGACCGGAACAACGAGGCGCAGAGCUACGUGGACUGGCUGGUGCACAUCCACCGACAGAUCAACCUGGAGCUAGCCGGCCAGCGCAAGAAGGAAGAAACGGGCGAGAGCACCCUUGCCAGCCUGUCCGCGAUGGGGUCGUCAUAUUGGUAA